CCACAAGGGGUCACUGAUCGAUCAUCGUCCUGUAUCUAAGCCAACUAGCUACACAACUACUGCUGUGUCUUCCUCUGCUAAGGCCCUGAGAGGAACAAACUCUAAACAAACAUAGCUAACUAUCUUUAACGCCUACAGGGGGUUAAUGUUUUGAUAUUUGAAAAAGACUAUAUGUCUAACCUAAAACUCACCUGGUUAUUGGCGUAUCGUCUAACGUUACUUCCUCUUUGUUUAAUAUCCCGGGUAAUCCCAGUUUGUGCUAACGUCACACCACCGGGGAGGUGUGCCUCUGGCUGCAGUAACGUUACAGGUGACGUGAUGCCUCAGAAUGGUAUGAACUAUGAGGGUAGAAGAGGAGGGACGCGUCACAACGCCUGUAAAGCCAACGGUCAGGUUCCAGGCACAGGUUUGGUUAAUGGAGCUGUUGUUCACAAUGGCUGCCCAGCUGAUGCCACUAGAACCAGUGAGAGAACCCCAGCUGGCACACUGAAUGGUACCAAACCACAAUGCAUGGUUGAUGGUUAUAUUAACCAGAGAUACAAGGGCAGGAGUACAAAAGCAGCGCCCCCAAGGACAAUCGGAAGACAUGGAAGCACGAUUUCAGCUGUCACUGAUGCCUCAGCAGCUGGCAGGGUCCACGGUGCAGGAACUCCAGGUGGUAUCUCAGUGUAUGGGGACACCGGUCUAGACACUGUUGCUUUGCCAUGUAAGUCUGACCAAAUGGCACCACAGCCCAGCCUGUCGGCAGCAGCAAAGAUCCAGAGAAGAAGGCCAAAAUUCAGACAUAAAAAGAGAGACACUGAAGUCGUCCAUCCGGUGUACCCUACUCGCCCAUUGAUGCCCCCACAAGAGAAAGAAGACUGGGAAAGUGAGAUCCAAGAAGUCACAAAGACUGACUGGGGAAAGUUCUGUUUCGGAGACACACCCUACGGUCCACAAGAUGUGCUCCAUUUUGAUUUGCGCGAUUUGACACUCAAGCAAAGGGACACAGUGGACCUGCCGGUGACAGCCAAUUACAACCCAGCCGUACACCACCCUCACCCUGUCAAAUGGUCCUGCUACAGCAUUCCCACGGAGACGGACCAGUUCGCAGACGCUGACGAGAUUAGCAUGUGUGUGUCAGGAGCAUGGGUUUUAACUCACUCUGACUGCGAGCUGAGGCCCCUGGCAGGGGAAGAUGUGGGUCUGGCAGGUCUCAGCAGCUCUGCAGCCCAGCUCAGCUCCGCUGGUGGUUGCGGGCCCGACUCCAUGUCACACUAAAGAGGUAUUCAAGAGCACUCCUUACUGGGAGGCCUCCAGCGUGAAAACGGGACAAUGUCAUCAUGUCUUGUUGUUGGCACCAUGGUGGCUCCACAAUAGGUUCUGAGCCACCGAGCUGAAAAGAAGCAUGGACAUUUAUGCCAGUUGAUUUGUGCGGCGUUUGCCAUUUUCCCCAUGAUGAAUGGAGGCAAGAGCACUGUUACAGUUACUGACAGCCUCCCAGGUCUGCCUUAGAGCAGUGGUUCUCAACCUUGGGGUCGGGACCCCCAAGUGGGUAGCGAGAUCAUUUCUGGGGGUCGCCAGAUGGUUGGGGAGAAAAAAAUUGAAAUACCAUUCUAGACUCUCCCUAUUCUGGGGAAUGGUUUUUACAUUACUGUGCGUUUGGUACAUUUCAUGUGUUAUAUUCAGAGCUUCAUUUGUAAAUCAGGAGGUCCUUGAACACAGAAAGGAGUCUGAAGGCUGGUCAGGGGGAGAGAAAAAGUUACAUCAAAAAUCCACAGAGCCUGAUGCACAUUGGACAAGACUAGGUGCAAGCUGCUAAAACUAAACUGUCAUUAAAGCAAAGUAUUAUUUGUUUACAUGUAUUAAUCAGAGCAUUCACAAAAAAAACACUCAAAAUCAGCGGAGGGAGGUAUGUAGAAACAGCAGUUUACACUCUUUUACUUUACUUACGUUACUCGUUUGUAACUCUCGAGGGGGAUGGGGGGGUCGUGGACACCAACCUUAUUAUUCUGGGGGGUCGCGACUUGAGAACAACUGCCUUAGAGAAUAAGCAUCAGUGUGGCACCUCUUAAAUCAAUCAAACUCCAUCACUGGCUUUUUAACAGUUUCCGAGCAGCAAUACAUCAGAUUUCCCAAAAUGCAGACCAUCUGAAGUACUCGGGUGGUGAAUUUACAAUUUCAUGGCUUAAAAAAAUACUCUAGCACUUUAGUCAAUAAACGUGUGUGCUGUUUGGCCAGGAAUUGGAUGAAAAAAAUCUAUUCAAUCUCUUUUAAUACAGACUUUGACAUGUUUAGCCUUACAACACCACCUUCUCUUACCACAAUGUCUGAGACCAAGGGUUAACCGCUAGCCUAGAUGUAUUCAAGCAACUACACACAUUGUAUCUUGCGCAUUUUACACAUAAAAAAAUAGCAAUGUGGUUUAGCAGUUGAGUUAUGCAUUGGAGCAAUUUACUUACCAACAACCACAGGGACCAGUGACUGUACUGUAUGUAGCACCUUUAAAAUAAAACUGACAUACAUUUUCAAGCCAAUUAAGCCAAACUCUCAAAUGUUAAGAACUUCUUAAAAAUACAGUUCAUUACCCCACUUCCCACAUUUGUUUUGUCUU